AUGCUUGAAGAACCCGUGUAUGCCCCAUACGGCACUGCCCCCUCAGACGACCUCUACGCGUACCCGCAGGGUCUCGAUCCUACCGCAGACGCUUAUCUCGAGUGGCUCCGCGUUACUGAAGAUAUCAGUGACGCGUAUGAGACCUCGGAAGAGCUCUCUGAGCUAUCGGACUCACGUUUCGACCCUGUUCUGCCACCCCCCCCUCUGACCGGUCGGAAUGACACUCAGGACGGUCUCUUGCAACCUGAGGCAACGACGGGCCCUGACGCCACCAGGCGCUUCCAAUUUCAGGAGACUAUCGCCUCGCACCUCCAGCAGCACACGGCUGUGCUUUCCGUGCCGCCUUGCCCCCUUUUCAGCGCUGCCAGCCGGUACGAGUUGGAGGAGGAACUCUGCCAGUGGGCCCUGGAUCAUGGCUUCAUGUUUAAGCGGCGUAGCAGCCCUGCACGCGACCGGAACGCCUCUGCCAGGCGUCGACUCACCUUCUUGUACGUCUGUGUGCGCUCUGGCAAGCACCAGGACAAGGUAAACGCCUCUGGGCGUCAGCGGCCUGCCAGAACGAGCCUGACAGGCUGUCCGUUCGGUGUGAGGGUCCACCUCUCUCUCCACGACGAUAGGGAGAGGUACACCGUUGUAGGACCCAUUGCUAGGGACAGGAGCACCACCCACAACCACCCACCUAUCCAAACGGGCGAGUUGCCACGUAUGAGGCCCAUUCACCCCGAGGUACAGCGUACGAUCGACUCGAUGGCCCUAUCGCCCGCCUCACCUAUUGACAUCUUCUCUCACGUCACCAGGCUCUUUCCAACCCAGGCGGCCAACCUCAUGCUUGACGACAUACGCGCGACGCGCCGGCGGGCCCGUCGGGCCCAGUUGCUGGGUCGAACGAACGCUGAGUUUCUCCUACGAUACCUCGAAGACAGGGCUCAUGAGCUGGGUCUGCUCUACAAGCUGGAUCAGCGCGAUGAUGACGACACGCUCGAGGGCCUCAUCUGGUCGACGAAGACGGCACGAGCUCUGUUCCAUCGGUUCUGCAGUGUCAUGGCCAUCGACGUCACCUACAACGGAGACCGUCAUGGCCACAAGCUGCUGCACAUCGCCGGCUUUACAGCCACCAACCUCUCUUUCACCGUUGCGCUCGCUGCCAUGCCUGAUGAGACUGAGGAGACCAUCACCCGCUACCUAGGCCACUUCCUGGUCCUCAUGGGUGACGUCAAGCCAGCCUGCAUCGUCAUGGACAGGGCAAUGGCCAUCCGAAACGCCGCGAGAGCGCACUGGCCAGCGGAGCUAACCAUGAUCGUCCUCUGCAUCUGGCACAUCUUGCAGAACCUGCGCAAGGCGUUCUGCGACGCCACCUGGGAGCAACGCCGCGCUGCACCAUGGCGUGAGGUGCCAGGCCCUGCCGGCGACCGGGCCAGGAGGGCGAACCUGGCUCGUGCGCGACGGCCGCCCGCGGCUCACCUGCUUGUCAGGGACACCGACGGUCGAGUUAUGGACCGAGAGGACUGGGACAAGGCGUCGUUCGAGUUCAGGACCACCUACCAGGCAAUGAUUGUAAGUGCAGCCUCCUCCGAGGCCCUAGAGGAAGGUCGCCGGGCCUGGAAAGAGCAGUGGACCGGCGAGGUUUUCAACGAUCUGCUCCUUCCAGCCAUUGAGGACGGCCUUAGGUACGUUGACGAGGAUGGCCAGUACUUCGUACACUACCAUAUCAACCGGCACCCUCACUUUGGACAGCGUACGACCUCGAGGUUGGAGGCUCUUCAUGCAGCCCUGAAGUCGUACACUGGCGAUCGAGCUGCUCGCGGGCGAAUGACGAUCGACCAGCUCGUCAUCUGCACUCUGCCUCGCUUCGAGAACCAAUGGAAGGACGUUCUAGCAGCCAUGGACCUCGAGAGUGGCCAGAAGCCCGUCGACAACUCGUACGCUCUCUUCCAGAACAUCAGGACGCUCGUUUCUGAGUACGCCAUCCAUUAUCUCCAACGGUUUCAGGUCGGGCUGGCCACAAACAGCGUUCUUUGGAAGCACGGGCACCGCCAGCGUCCUGAUGGCAGCCCUAUCCCUGAACCUAAGCCAUGCACCGGCCAGUUUCAGGCUUCUCUCGGCUUGCCAUGCGCUCACACCAUCGCCGAGGCCAUGGACACCAUCAACGGGGGCUCAGGAUCGCUCGAAAUGAAAGACUUCCACGUCCAAUGGUGGCUCACGAAGUCUCCGAGGAUGAAUCAGCUCAAGAACGACGUCGAUGAGGCCAUUGCGAACGGCAACGGCCUGCACGAUCUCGAGAUUGUCGACAGGGCCGGUCUCCGGCGUCUCCGAGACCCAGUCUCCUCUGCUGCUCGGCGUGCAGCGGAGGAAGCCAGCGGGGUGGCCUCCUCCCAGCCCAGCGGUGGACGGUCCAGCCAGCGGCCUCUAGCGCCCCGCCGAGCAGCGGCUGCUCCUCGACCUCGGCGUCCGCAAGCGAGCAGCGGACGGCAAUUGACACAGGCGGAGAUCGCCGCCGGUGGCCCUGGAGAUGGGAUGGAGCGCUGUACGGCGUGCGGGCAGCAUCAUGACGUGUCCUCGCACCCCUGCCGUGCCGCUUUGCAAGCGGCGGCAGCGGUGGCAGAGAGCCAGCGUCGUUUGCGCACUCGUGAUGGCGUUGAGCGUGCCGAGGGCGACGAGUACGGCAUUGACGACGUUACAGACAGCGAGUUCGAGGACAUGGACCCUAGGUAUCGGAGGCUGAAGCCCGCCAUGGUGCCGUGCUGCCCGUUCUGCCAACGAGACCACAAGCGGCGUUUCUGCAACCGUAUGUACGAGUGGCGGCGUUGGUGCGACGCUCGAGACCUGCGCGCGGCAGCCAGCCUUGCAACAGACCAGGUUCCGGCCACACCGGCGAUUGGAGGAGCAGUGGACGCCCCUCGGCCCUCGGCCUCGGCGACCUCGGCGACGGUAGGAGAGUGGCGACCCUCUACACCCGACCGGACAUGGCCAGUCCUCCAAACGCCGUCACCAGAUGGACCCGAACUCGAGGACAUCCUCCGCCAGGCAGACCUCCGACAUGAGGCAAUGAGGACCCUGAGGCUAGGCUCAACGGAGCCUGCGGAGAGCAGUGUGUGGGCGCUGUCUCGGCGCUUGGCGAGCGCUCAUGGCAGCCCAGAGACCGUCAUUCGAGAAACCCAGUUGGAGGAGUAG